GAUAUUGCGCGCUGGACACGCGACUAGCUGUUGUGUAAGAACCAUACAGCAGCCAUGUUGUUUAAAAACAGUAUAAGCAGUGGAAAGAAACUCACUCCCUCCCUCCCUUAUUCUCAGGAAUUCAUAGGCAUUCUACUUCAAAAGAUCUGUUAUCUCCUCCAAGGAACAGAGCAAUCUAGGGUUCUUAAUAUCUCCUGGCAGGGUUCCUGGCCUGUCGUAAAGCUGUCGUCCUCUCACCUCAGAGAGUCCACAGACCCCUGUCGUAAAUGCCUUAGACUCAUAAACGCUGAAGACUAAGGAAUAAGUAUGAACGUUACACAUGUUUCAUAACUUCCAGCUAACUCAUAGCACAGCCAAACAACAGACAUAUUUAGUUUCCUCAGAUAAUUUGUAACGUUUCGAGCCCAGACAUGAAUAUGAUCAAUCAUACGGAAGGCCCCUGACCCCAUUUAUUCGUCAUAGGUAGAAUAACCAUGGUAGACUUGUCACGUUUGGACUUUUCUUAAAGCAAAUAUCAUGCUCUACAAUAACACGGAUGUUGGUAGUCUGUAACUAUUAGAACGGCAGAGAUAUGAAUAUGUAUCACAAAGUGUACCUGGGUUAUGGGCGUGAAUGUGGACCCUCCCAGUAACCAGCCCCUAAAUCAGAUGACCAGACAAUUGGUUACUGGUCGUGUCAACACCCCUUUUUGAUCGCACAGAAAAGAGGAGAUGCCAAGUCAAGGGAGUUCUCCUUUUACCAUCCAAGCAAGAGCAUCUGCCAAGUUUGAGAACCGAUUACCCAGUUCAUCGAUCGAACUCUGAUCAACCUUGGACAUUAAUUGCAAGUAUUCUUCUUCUUCAGUUCUACCCUAUUACUUUGUCGCUGUAUAUUGUCGUUAUCUCUUUAAAACAUAUUUUUCUGUAACACUUUAUUGCACCAAGUUUGCCCUUUUCGUAAUAAACCUUUUAUGUUGAAAAGUGUUAACCUUGUCUCUAAAACUCUUAAUGCAAGCUAUGAACGAACCUCUGCCUUUUGAAGAGCGCUACUGGUGUAGAGUAAGGCCUCUGUGCAGACCUGCCUGUGGUGACAGUGUGUGUUGCAGACGCUUAUUCUAAAAUCCUAAUUGGUAUUGUUAAUUGACGGGAGUACCAACGCUUCCUUAUCAAUGUUGGUGGUGGCAGUAAAAGGGUUAAUUGUGUCAUUAGCCCAGUGACAAUCGCUCUCAGGCUACUAGCACUUAGAUUGUGGUCCCGCAAGCAGGGAAAUCUUUGUGCUGGGCGCAGCUGAGAGUGGCAUUGUUACGUAAGUGACAGCGUGGUGUGAGGUCGGCCUGUCCUUCGUCGUAAGUUGGCGCGGAGGGCGGAGAUCUGACACUCGCGUUCGUCACAUAUUGGCUGGCAGCGUAGCGGGAUAGCUUUGCAUUAAGAGCAUUCAGUGCAUUGUUAGGAAUUAGCUCUGCACUGAAGGAUUGUAACCUUUUUGGAAACAGUCCUUAGAGACAAGCUGGUGCAUAUAUUUUUUUUUUUGUGUUAAAGAGAGACAUACAGCAACAGCUCCUUCCUAUCCCUUUUUCCUACCUCUGCUUUCUGUUCUAUCUUUUCUGCUUGCAACAUGUCUGGGUUAUCAGCAUAUAAAAAGAUGAACAAAAAUGACCUAACUGCUGAGUGCGCAGGAAGAGGAAUUGACAUUAAUGGCAAAAAUCGUGAAGGCCUGAUACAUGCCCUACAGGAGUUUGAUAUCCAGGCAAACCAGAACCUGGAGGGAACCGGACCAGAAAGGGGUUCCGCUACUCCAGAGCCCAGUGGUUCAGAGGCGGCCUCACCGGAUAGGCCAGCAGAGACUGACACUGGAAUACCACGGAUUGUUAUCCCCAAGCCACCGCAUGAGCAGGCCAACACCCCAUUGCUUGCAACCAGCAUGGACUCUCCUCAAAUGCAGGAAACGCUACAACGCCUCAGGGAAACGGAUCCUGUGGUGUACCUGCAGUUUCUCGAGCGUCAGGCUGAGAGAGAGGAGCGCAGGGCUGAGAGGGAGGCUGCGCAGAGGGAAGCUGAUCGUCGACACGAACUGGAGAUGACUAGGCUCCAGCAGCAGCGACAGGUUCAGAACCCCGGAUCCCUAGAGCACAGGGAUGCCGCUCUGCCAGUAGCUCCGGCAGCCAAAUUUCCUGUUAUGGAAAAGGACAGUGACAUUGACGUGUAUCUACUGUCGUUUGAAAAAACUUGCCGUCAGUACCAUCUGCCCCCAGCACAAUGGGCCCGGUACCUGACGCCAGGGCUACGAGGCAAGGCCCUGGAUGCUUAUGUUGAACUGUCUGAAGAGCAGAGCAAUGAUUAUGAGGCCCUAAAGGCUGCGAUCAUCCAAAAGUUUCAGCUAACCCCGGAAGUUUACCGGAAGCGUUUUAGGUCCUUGCAAAAAGGGCCUGGGGACUCAUACCUGGAUGUGGAAAGUCGCUUACGCACCACAUUCCGGCAGUGGACUAAAGGCUUGAAAGCUGAUUCUUUUGAGUCCCUGGAAGAUCUUAUGAUUGAAGAUCAACUUUUGCACAUCUGUCCUACAGACGUCAGACAGUUUGUGCUGGAGCGAAAGCCAAACUCGGCUAAAGUAGCAGCAGAACUGGCAGAUACCUAUAUCCACUCUCGGGUAUCUGACCAUCGCAAGGCUCCUCCGAACGGCUGGAAAGGAGGGAAAUCUCACAUGGCAACCCCUCCUCCACCUGCCAACCAAGUCCCUCAGCAGAUGGAACCUGCAGUUCCUGGUGCCAAGGCAUUCCUGACUAAUAAUCGCACAUGCUACACCUGCGGGAAAGCCGGACAUCUCAAGGCACAGUGCCCUGAGCAGAAGAAGCUGACAUCACCUGGCCAUCCGGCCAGCAACCCUUCUGCUGUACUGUGCGUCAGUGGGAAACCUCCAGGAACCAAUGCCAACUUGCAGCCUGUCACCGUAGGCCACCGGACUGUAAUAGGGUUGCGUGACACUGGAGCAGAAGUUACGUUGGUCAGACCAGAGGUGAUAGAAGAAACAGACAUCAUCCCAGAGAAGUUUCUUACCCUCACUGGAGUGGGGGGAACCCUUUCCUGUGUGCCCCGUGCCUAUGUUUUCAUCGAUUGGGGUGCUGGGAGUGGGAUGAGAGAGGUGGGCGUCUCAGAGGAGAUCCCUACUGCUGUGUUGUUGGGUGCUGAUUUAGGUACCCUUGUUUCUUACUACGUCCCUGCUAAGAGCACCCAGGAUGCUCCCACGGAACUCUCUGGACCUACCAAGGUACUGUGUACAGAUGUUGGGGUAAUAUCUGGGCAACCUGUGGAUGGACAGAGGGAGGGGGAGGGUGAAGUUGAAGUGCAAGGUCCUCCUUAUUCAGAAACAGGAGAGGAGACCCCCUUGCUUGGGAAGGUAACUGAUACAGGUUCCAAUGAUGCUGCAAUGAUAAAUGUUAAAUGUGAUGAUGCUGAUGUUGAUGUUGAUGAUAAUGCAUUGCCAGUUUUAGUGGUCACUCGCAGUGCUGCCAAGGCGGCCGAGGUGCAGGCCCUGAUCGCAGAACAGCAGGAGGAGGUCUCUGGGCCCUCUCCCUGUUCUGACCCAGCGGACUCCACCUCUGUUGAGCCUCAGCAGCCGUCCUUGUUUGCCACAGGACUGCUGGCUGGGACUUGUGGUACCGCCUUUGAAACAGCACUGCAGACAGACCAAACACUAGCACAGCUCAGGAGUUCAGCUGAUCGCCCCCCUGCAGAGAAUUGCAAACAAAAGCUCUACUGGGAGAAAGGGAAACUGUACAGAGAAGGUUUGCCUGCAGAGGGGAAUGAAUCUGACACAAGAAGCAGGCAGCUAGUUGUACCCAGUCAAUUUAGGGGACAGCUGCUAAAAGUGGCUCAUGAGAUUCCCCUAGCAGGGCACUUGGGAAUUACUAAGACCCGAGGGCGGUUGAUGCAUAACUUUUAUUGGCCUACGAUGCGCACUGACAUAGCUGACUACUGUCGGUCCUGUGUUACCUGCCAGCGAGUUGGCAAGGUAGGGGAUGUACAGCGGGCUCCGCUAAAACCUUUGCCUGUGAUUGACGAACCUUUUAAGAGGGUGGCGGUGGAUAUCAUUGGGCCUUUGGCCAUCCCUAGCAGUUCAGGCAAACGUUUUAUCCUGACAGUUGUCGACUAUGCCACACGGUAUCCAGAGGCAGUGGCUCUCUCCUGCCUCCGGACAGACAAGGUUGCUGAUGCUCUGCUGGGAAUCUUCACAAGAGUGGGGUUCCCAGCCGAACUCAUUAGCGAUCAAGGACCUCAGUUUAUGUCUGACUUGAUGCAAGCUCUCUGUCUGAAAAUACAGAUGACGCAUAUCGUGGCCAGUGCUUAUCAUCCACAAACCAACGGUUUGUGUGAGCGUUUCAAUGGCACCCUGAAACAAAUGUUGUGCACCUUUGUGCACUCCCAGGGCAAGGACUGGGAACGAUAUCUGCCUCAUCUGCUGUUUGCUUACAGAGAGGUGCCUCAGGAGUCCACAGGCUUUUCGCCGUUUGAACUUCUGUAUGGACGGAGGGUAAGAGGGCCCCUGGACCUAAUCCGUGAGACCUGGGAGGGCAAGAUUGCCGACCCAGAGGUCUCAGUUGUGGAUUACGUUCUAAAAUUCAGAGAUAAAAUGGAGACGCUGGUGGGAAUUGUACGGGAAAACAUGACCAAGGCCCAGACCAACCAGAAACAGUGGUAUGACCGUAAUGCUAGAGAGCGGACCUUCAAUGUUGGUCAGCAGGUGUAUGCUCUGCUUCCCCUGCGGAAGAACAAACUCCAAGCUGCAUGGGAAGGCCCGUACACCAUCACCCAGCGCCUGAAUGAUGUCACCUACUUGGUAAGGUUGGGGGAAGGGAGUAGACGGCAGAGGGCCAUCCAUGUGAACAUGCUCAAAGCCCAUCAUGAGCGCACGGCCUAUGUCAUGCCAGUCUGCAGCAGGCCGGAGCCUGAGGAGGCUGAUCCACUUUUAGACCUGCUAGCUGACAGCAGGGAGGUAGACUCAGAACUCCUGAUUAACUCCAAACUAACCCCCACCCAGGUACCUGGGCUAAAGAGAGUGCUGGCAGUACAUGGUAGCAGGUUUACAGGGAAACCUGGGAGGACGCACCUCGCUAUCCACCAGGUGGACACCGGGACACAUCCGCCCAUUAAACAGUCGGCCUAUCGUGUCUCCUUGGAGGUGCUGGCUGACAUGAAAAGGGAGGUGGAGGAAAUGCUGCAGCUGGGGGUGAUUCAGAAGUCCCACAGUGCCUGGGCAUCCCCAGUAGUCCUGGUCCCCAAAAAGGAUCGGACGACCAGGUUCUGUGUGGACUACCGGAAGCUGAAUGCCAUCACCACUGCAGAUGCCUACCCCAUGCCCCGGAUUGAUGAGUUGUUAGAUAGGCUGGCGGCCGCCCACUAUAUAACAAUCAUGGAUCUGAGCAGGGGGUACUGGCAAAUUCCUCUGGCCCCUGAGGCUCGGGAAAAGUCGGCUUUCAUCACCCCAUUCGGCUUGUUCGAAUUUACCGUCAUGCCGUUUGGGAUGAAGAAUGCCCCAGCUACCUUCCAGAGAGUCAUGAAUGAUUUACUGGAGGGGCUGGAACCCUUUGCCGUAGCCUACCUGGAUGACAUCGCUGUGUUCAGCCCUACCUGGGAAGAACACCUGAUGCACCUGUCACAGGUCCUGGACCGAUUGACCGAUGCCAACCUGACUGUCAAACCCAGUAAGUGUCAGAUCGGCAUGAAUGAUGUGCAUUACCUGGGACACCAGGUAGGAGGAGGCACCCUGAAACCCGAGACAGGAAAGGUUGAGGCCAUCCUGGCCUGGCCUAUCCCCCAAACCAAAAAACAGGUUAUGUCUUUCUUGGGGACCGCUGGCUACUAUAGGAAGUUUGUAGGUAACUAUAGCAGCCUGGCCAAACCUCUGACUGACCUAACCAAAAAGAAACUGCCCAAGGUGGUGUCUUGGACACCAGAAUGUGAGCAGGCAUUUCAGGCCUUGAAGGAGGCGCUGGCCAGCGCCCCUGUGCUACAGGCUCCCGACUUCACCCGCCGUUUUCUAGUGCAGACGGAUGCCUCUGCCUAUGGAUUGGGUGCAGUCCUGAGUCAAGUGGAUGAUGCCGGAGAGGAGCAUCCCAUCCUCUACCUGAGCCGGAAGCUGCUUCCCAGGGAAGUAGCUUAUGCCACGAUCGAAAAGGAGUGUCUUGCGAUCGUGUGGUCUCUCCAGAAGUUACAAACGUAUCUUUAUGGACGGCAUUUCACUGUGAUCACCGAUCACAAUCCCUUGAGCUGGCUAAAUCGUGUUGCUGGGGAGAAUGGCAAACUACUUCGGUGGAGCUUAAUUCUGCAGCAAUACGAUUUCACCAUCCAGCAUAAGAAAGGCAGUGCCCAUGGAAAUGCUGAUGGGCUGUCACGACAAGCCGAGCCCGCCGGAGUCGGUUGCGUCAGGAGGGAAAUUGUAGUUCCCUCCCAUGCAACCACCUAA